UCAUUUGCUUUCAUAGUUUUUCCCACUCUUAUGCGUCAUACACCUUACACUGUCUCCGAUCAAUAUCAACCAUCACAUCCUCAUUUCCCGAUCUCUCUUUCUCUCUCCUCACAAUGUACCUUUCUAUUUCUCUCUCCUCACCGCCGUUUCUUGUCUUCUUCUGCAACCUCCAUUAACGAUGACAUUUAAGUCUCCAUUGAUUCCGUCGAGCUCUUGGAGAUAAUGCAGUAUUCAUUCCUCCACGACCUCUUUUUACCGUUAUAAACUUCAAUUUCAACUUAGAUAUGUUGAAUUGGAGUAUAUUUUUACCCAAUUUUUCCAUUGACUUAUUUUUAAAUCAUUUCACUGUUGAAUCGAAUUAUUGCUGUGUAAUUUGUCAAAAUUUUGAAGACUUGGUGUUCGUUGUCUUGAUUAAUUAUUAUAAUAAGUUAACUCCAUUUGACCGUUCAAAUUGAAAGAGUCAAAUAGCCGGUGGAAUCAGGUUGUAAAUUCCGUAUUCUUUGGGAAUUGAACUAUUUUUUGACGGAUUAAAACAGAAGAUAUAGGUAUAAAUUGGGAAAUUAGGUUAUGUUUUUUUGCAUAAGUUAAUCGGGAAGUCAGAAUAAUAAAUAUGGAAGGGAAAAUUAAGAAUGAUAAAGAUUUUAAGCGAUGUGAAGGUUGUAAUUCUGUGAAGAAAUCAGUGCCGAUUACAAUGGAUCAUGUUUUGUUGGCCCUUCAAGAAACUAAGGACGAGAGGGAGUUAAGGAUUCGUAGUUUGUUUAAUUUUUUUGAUAAAUCAAGUACAGGAUUCUUGGAUUAUACUCAGAUUGGAACGGGAUUGACAGCGCUUCAUAUACCAUCGGAUUACAAGUAUGCUAGGGAUCUUUUGCUCGUUUGUGAUGCUAAUAAAGAUGGGAGAGUGGAUUAUGAGGAGUUUCGGAGGUAUAUGGAUGAUAAGGAGCUUGAAUUGUAUCGCAUUUUUCAAACUAUUGAUGUGGAGCAUAAUGGCUGCAUAUUGCCAGAAGAGCUAUAUGACGCACUCGUUAAAGCGGGAAUUGAGAUUGACGAUGAAGAGCUAGCUCUUUUUGUUGAGCAUGUGGAUAAGGAAAAUAAUGGUGUCAUCACCUUUGAAGAAUGGAGAGACUUCCUUCUUCUAUAUCCUCAUGAAGUAACUAUUGCAAAUAUAUAUCAUUACUGGGAGAGGGUCUGCCUUGUUGAUAUUGGCGAACAAACUGUUGUACCAGAAAGUGUAAGUAAGCAUGUCAAUGCUAGCAGAUAUCUUAUUGCAGGAGGUAUUGCUGGUGCCACAUCUCGCACUGCUACUGCACCACUGGAUCGUUUGAAAGUGGUUUUACAAAUUCAGACGAAAGAAGCUCGCAUUAUGCCCGAAGUAAGGAAAAUCUGGAAAGAAGGAAAAAUGUUUGCAUUUUUUCGUGGCAAUGGAUUAAAUGUCGUGAAGGUUGCACCUGAAAGUGCUAUUAGAUUUUAUACAUAUGAAUUUCUUAAAGGAGUCAUAAUGGAUGCUAGAGGAGGGGAGAAAGCUGAUAUUGGUGGGAUGGGUCGCCUUGUUGCUGGUGGCGUAGCUGGUGCUGUUGCACAGACGGCAAUUUAUCCAUUUGAUCUAGUAAAGACACGGUUGCAGACAUAUGACUGCCUGUAUGGAAAAGUUCCUAGAAUAGGAGCUCUGACAAGGGAUAUUUGGGUCAAAGAAGGGACACGGGCUUUCUACAAGGGCUUUUUCCCAUCUGUUGUUGGAAUCAUUCCUUAUGCGGGCAUAGAUCUUGCUGCUUAUGAAACACUAAAGGAUUUGGCUAAAAAGUUUAUACUCCAGGACAAUGAACCUGGACCCCUUGUGCAAUUGGGUUGUGGAACCAUAUCUGGUGCUGUUGGUGCAACAUGUGUUUACCCUUUACAGGUUGUGAGGACAAGAAUGCAAGCUACCCAGUCAAAGGCAACGAUGUCGGAAGUUUUCUGGGGGACUUUUCAGAAUGAACAACUAAGGGGAUUUUAUAAAGGAUUGUUUCCUAACCUUCUAAAAGUAAUCCCAUCAGCAAGUAUUACUUAUCUGGUCUACGAGGCUAUGAAAAACCGUCUGGAACUGGAAUAAGAACCAGCUUCGAAAUUUUUGUCCCUUGACAUGGCUAACUAUUUGGUGCAGAAUUGGUAGCUUUGGCGCAUACAGAAGCCUACAAUACUUGGAUGGCCAAAAAUAAUGGCUUCUAUUUAGUAAAUAUGUGAUUGUUUCGAGCAAAUAUAAUCCCAAAAUCCCUACUAUAAUUAUUGGUAGAGUUGUGUAUAGGUGAUUUAAAUCUCUGUUGAAUCAAUGUGUGAUCAUGAUUGUUGUAUGAUCUGCAGCAUUAUAAACAGCUGACUACCAAAUUUUGUAGUGAUUUGAGAAUGUUUGCUUGUA